UCGUUCUCAGUGUAGUUCAUCCAUAGCUCGAGAUCAGUCGUUUGCUGUGAUUUAAAAAAAACACAAGAAGAAAAUGGCCCGGUACGGAUUCACCGCAUUAUCCCUAGCAGUUUUGCUGGCUUUAUUCGAAAUCGGAUCCUGUCUGAGAUGUUACCAAUGUAACUCUGAACAAGACCCAGCUUGCGGUGACCCCUUCAAGGGCUCAAAGCAUGUAGUGGACUGCAUGUCUCAAGAUUCGAUAAACUACAACACCCUGUACCUGCGCAGUAUCCUCCCUGCUGAAGUCUUCAGCAGUGUGGUCGGAGCACCCAGAUAUUGCCACAAGAUUGUGAUGCAAACCGGUGCCGUUGUCCGUACAUGCUUGGAUGCUAACCCAGCCGACAUCAACCACACUUGUCGCUCCAUGGAGAGCUCCAAGUUGAACACUGCUGACCCCAGCAAGAAGAUCAAGUACUGCAGCGUGUGUGACAAGGACACCUGCAAUGCAGCCACAUCUAUGUCCUUCUCCCUCCCACUCGCCACUCUAGCUCUCAUCGCUACAUACUUGUUCUGCAAGCAAUAAUAGACUAUAGACUUCAAAGCAAGUGAACGACCAUCGGUCUAGCUUAGGCACCUUGAGUGUAACGCUUGCAGUUUAAAAAUGGGGUGCCAAAAUCUAUUUCAACAUUAAAUUCAUUGGUAAAGCCGUCAAUGCCUUUAAAAUUAACAUCAGACCGUCCAGUUUAUUUGCUUUGUUAUUCGUUUUAGUAAAGUAUUUAAUAGGGUUGAGAGCGUGGCUAAACACGCAGUGUCUUAUACAAUUACACCGUCGACUACCAAAAGUUAUAAAUAAUUGUGUAAUCUAUAAAAUAUUAAUGUUUUCAAUAAAAUAAACUGUACCUGUAAUUUGUUAAUAGAUUAACCAGUUUAUAGAGGAUUAAUGAAUAAGGCAAGUUUUAAUGUAUUUUACGAUGUUAGUGUUGUUAUUUUUAAAGUACUACGUAUUCGUGUUUUUAAUGAACCAGGCAGAGAGGAACAUAUUACGGCGAAAUAAAUAUUAUAAAA